UUGAUAUGUUCAGCCCACGCCACGCCCAUAUAUGUUAUAGGCUGGGUGCCCACAGUACUCAGCAUAAUGAUGGAAGCUAGGUUCUUCAACAUCUGGGGAGCAAGAGCAUGGUUCCCAUGAUUUUUCUCUUCACACCCUUUGUCUUAUAAGCUUCUAAAUUGAAGACAGUGAUUUUAAUCAUGGCAUAGAGGAAGUAUAAUCAUAUCCCUGUUAUUGCAGAGAGCGGAAAAGUAUUUUAAGGAAGACAAAUAUAGGGUUUCAAGAACAGGUGAAGCUGCAAAAGGUUUCUCAAAGACAAGAGACGCAUGGUAUCUUCAUCCCCAUCUCUUUUUUUAAAGGCCGCUUUAAGCUGAGACCUGAAAAAGUAAAGAGAGAAAACUAAGAAAGAAAAGUGUGGCUAAAAGCAGGAGGUUUUGUGGGUGUCGUCUGAACCGUUUCUUUGAAUAGAGUGAAGGGUUUCUAGAGCAAGUUAAUUUUAUUUACCCUUCUUGGGAUUUUCAAGUCUCUUAAAAGAAUCAUUAUGGAGUCUGUAGAUGUCCAUCGCCAGCAUCAGCUCCAAGAACAGUUUAUUAUUAAUGGAUGUUCUUCUCUGGACACCCAUGCUGGUUAUGGAGUUCCAACCAUCCAUGGCCGGAGCCCAAGCAUCACCAUGAAUGGUAGCAACCAUACGUAUGGGAACGAAAUAUUCCUCCCAAACUCAAGGGAGGUAUGGCUAAAGAAUGCCAUUAUGGAUCCUCCUGUUAAAGCUUCCAUGAUUCAGGACUUGGGUUUUCAUACUCAUCAGUCACCCACUGAGGUACUGAACUUUACCAAAAUCAAAGAGGAGUUGCCCAAUUCUUUUCCCAAGUUUGGUGAAAUGGUUGACAAUCAUUCCAAUGUAGAAGAAUUACAUUUAGUACCUUCCAUAGGCAGCUACAUGAAACAUGGCCAACAGCCCUUUCGAGAUCUAAGUGAGAAUCUCUGUUGGCUAAGCAGCAACUCAUCUGAGGGACUUCAACUUUUGGCCGGAGAUUCUUACUCAAAUGCUCGAGAAUCUGAAGGUUAUGGAAGUGCAUACGCAUCUAGCAGAUUCAACUUCAGCCAUGGGUUUCCAAGUGCAAAUCUUCCCAACCUGGAUUUCUCGUCUUCAUUAGUUUCCAAUUCCUUGGGGUUGAAUUUACAAACUUUGGAUCUCUUAGCUUCUGCAAAUUAUGGUGGUGGGUCUAGCAAAUCUUCACAUAAUGAUCUUGAUCCUUUUAAAGAAAGUAUGCCUUUAGAUCAUGAUCAUAUGCAAGAAUCAAGUCACAAUCCAUCAAACAGCUCUAAAAUGACAUCAGCCUUCAUGAAUGGAGUUUCAAGAACAAAGGUAACCCGCAGUAGAACUGCACCGAAGGCUUUGCAUGCAGCAACUAAGAUGUCUGGGUUCGGACCACGAUCCUCGUAUCCACCCCUGAAGGUUAGAAAGGAGAAACUAGGAGACAGGAUUGCAGCUCUUCAGAGGCUGGUGGCACCCUUUGGAAAGACAGAUACUGCCUCCGUAUUGACAGAGGCUAUUGGGUACAUUCAAUUCCUUCAUGACCAGAUCCAGACAUUGAGCGUGCCUUACAUGAAGUCAUCCCAGAGCAAGUCUCUUGUUCCAAUGCAAAUGGGUUCAAGUGACGAGGACGGAAAGGAAGGGGCAAAACGAGAUCUUAGAAGUAGAGGACUAUGCCUUGUGCCCGUGUCUUGCACAUCAUAUAUUACCGCUUGCAGUGUGGGCGUUUGGACCCCUCUCUGACUUUGUAUUAAUAAGAGAAAAAAGAUGCUAAAACUCUUCUUGGUUCCCUAAAUCAAAAAGGUUUGAACGCCUUUUUUUUUA